CGCACGGAGGGUGACUCCCCGCGGCUGCCAGCGCCGUGCGCUGCCUUGCUCCACGCUGACGGGGAAGCAGCGGGCUGGGCUCGUAGGCGUUCUACCGGCCGGGCGGCGGUGAGGGGCGCUGCCGCGGGGCUUCGCCUUCCUCGGGGAGGUGCCGCCUACCUCCCCCGGGCGUUCGCUUCAGUUUGGCAAGCCCCGGCGGUGACCCCGCGGCGGUUACCGGGCAGCGGGGCGCACCUCAUCUUCGCUCUCGGGCCGCUGGUUGGAGUGUCCGCCUUUAAAGACAAAAAGGCGGCGCGGAGCGAUUUCCAGCUCAAGAUCAGUGUGCUUGUGCUGAUUUUCCAAUGAAGUACAUCCUGGUAACUGGUGGUGUCAUCUCAGGCAUUGGCAAAGGGAUCAUUGCAAGCAGCAUUGGCACCAUACUGAAGUCAUGUGGUCUACGUGUCACUGCAAUCAAAAUUGAUCCUUACAUAAACAUAGAUGCUGGAACCUUUUCACCAUAUGAACAUGGAGAAGUUUUUGUAUUGAAUGAUGGUGGAGAAGUUGACUUAGAUUUGGGAAAUUAUGAGAGAUUUUUGGACAUCAAUCUCUAUAAAGAUAACAACAUCACCACUGGAAAGAUAUAUCAGCAUGUCAUUAAUAAAGAAAGACAUGGUGAUUACCUGGGAAAAACGGUUCAAGUUGUUCCACACAUCACUGAUGCAGUUCAGGAAUGGGUAAUGAAUCAGGCAAAAGUUCCGGUGGAUGAUGACAGAAAAGAGCCACAAAUUUGUGUAAUUGAGCUGGGUGGAACCAUUGGAGAUAUUGAAGGAAUGCCAUUUGUUGAAGCAUUUAGACAGUUUCAGUUCAAAGCAAAAAGAGAGAACUUCUGUAAUAUCCAUGUUAGUCUAGUACCACAGCCUAACGCCACUGGUGAACAGAAGACAAAACCAACACAGAACAGUGUUCGAGCACUGAGGGGUCUAGGCUUGUCUCCAGAUUUGAUUGUCUGCAGAAGUGCAAAACCUAUAGAAAUGGCAGUGAAGGAAAAGAUUUCCAUGUUUUGCCAUGUGGAGCCUGAGCAGGUGAUAUUUAUCCAUGAUGUGUCUUCCACUUAUCGAGUACCAAUCCUGUUGGAGGAGCAAGGCAUCAUUAAGUAUUUUAAACAGAGGUUAAAUUUACCUAUUGAUGACCAGCCAAGUGAUCUUCUAAUGAAAUGGAAGAAAAUGGCUGACAGAUACGAGAGGUUGCUGAAGGUGUGUUCCAUAGCUCUCGUUGGCAAGUACACAAAACUAAGUGAUUGCUAUGCAUCUGUUUUCAAGGCUCUGGAACACUCUGCGCUGGCAAUUAAUCACAAACUGGAUUUAAUGUACAUAGAUUCAACAGAACUUGAACGUUCUACAGAAGCGGAGAACUCAGUGAAAUAUCACCAGGCAUGGCACAAACUGUGCAAAGCAGAUGGCAUUCUGGUUCCAGGAGGGUUUGGAAUUAGGGGAACAGAAGGCAAACUCCAAGCUAUCUCCUGGGCGAGAACAAAGAAAAAACCUUUUCUUGGAGUUUGCCUGGGAAUGCAAUUAGCAGUUGUGGAAUUCGCAAGAAACUGUUUGAAUUGGAAAGAUGCAAAUUCUACAGAAUUUGACCCAGACACAAAAAACCCUGUUGUUAUUGACAUGCCAGAACACAAUCCUGGAGAUAUGGGUGGAACAAUGAGACUGGGGAAGAGGAGGACUGUUUUCAAAACACAAAAUUCUGUUUUAAGGAAACUUUAUGGUGAUGAAACGUUUGUAGAGGAGCGACACAGGCAUCGAUAUGAGGUGAACCCAGAAUUGACUCACUGCUUUGAAGAGAAAGGUUUGAAAUUUGUUGGCCAUGAUACAGAAGGGAACAGAAUGGAAAUUAUUGAACUGGAGAAUCACCCAUAUUUUGUGGGAGUUCAGUUCCACCCAGAGUUUUCCUCAAGACCUAUGAAACCUUCACCUCCAUACCUUGGACUGUUGCUAGCAGCAACUGGGACACUCAAUGCAUACCUGCAACGUGGAUGUAAAUUGUCUCCAAGUGACAGCUACAGUGACCUCAGUGAUGACAGCUCUCCAGAAAAAGAGUUUUCUAAUUCAGAAACAAGCUGAAAUGAUUGUAUGAGAUCACAGAAAUGGAUGAUGCUAUUGAGAAAGUUGGGAACAGGACAAUAUUGAAUAGAAGAAAGUAGAAGAGUAAGCUGCUUAUGGUCCUCAUAGUGUCUCCUCCAAUACCGUUUUCAAUAAUUCUCUUUACAGAUGACAGUUUUACUGUCCUGUAGCAAAAACUAUUCUGUAUAAAUGCUGUUUCUCUUUAAAAAUUACAAAAUGGUUGUGCACCUUGGCUGUUAAUUGUUAUUGAUCUUGUCCUAUAUUUCAGAGUGAUCUCAGGUGAAUAUGUAUUAAUUCAGUUGUUCACAACUGUUCUUGAUUUGAAGGAAGAUUUGGUUGUUUUCAGUUCGCCUUAGAACAGGAAGAUAAAAUGCAUUAGUUCUUGUGAAUGAGAGGGAAUGCACUAAAAAAAUUAAGGGAAAGUUGUCUUAUCCAUGAGCAGCAGAGAACUGUUUCAGAUUUGGUUCCCUAUUAAGCUUGUUGUAUAUAUAUUUUUUCCACUUUUUUGCUGUCCAAUAUGUACAAAUGAGAAAUUGUUGCUGUAUUUCAGCUCUUUGUGAUUAUAAUAAUUGAUGUUGGAUACAUGUCUUUUCACUUUGCUUUUGUAAGUGAUUUCACUUUACAAAAGUUCAUUUGCUCUGUUUCUCCUGAAAGUCUGAUAAUACUGAAUGUAAUUCUGACCUACAAAAUUACAGAAGUGAUAUUAGAAGGCGGUUUUGUAUUUCUAUUUUGUAAGAGAGAAAGUAAAUACACUCAUGUGUUCAAGUUAGAUUUUAACAUUUGUAUGAAAGUUGUAGAAGAACCAGUCAUAAACCUGGAGCAUUAUCUGGGCUCCAGCCAUGCAACACGUAGUUAAUUUCAAUAAAUGAGUAUAAAGGUGAAUUAAGGUUCACCCUUGUUUUCCCUCAUCCAGUGACCACUCCAUGGUCAUGACACUCAUUCCCCAAUAGAAUAGAACUAUGUAUUUUAAUUUAGAAAUCACAAGCUGUUCCACUGCAUGACAAUUGCAGGCAGCCCUGCAAAGCCAGGACUGCAGCCUGAAUCACUGAGGUAGAAGGGGAAGGCGAGAGGUGCUAUACCGUGUUUAAGGCUGGAUCCCAUUAGCAAUGUGGCAUCGUCAGACCUGUCACAGAGGCUGGACCUGAGCUAUGUAACUGACAGGCUCCAAAUGCCUGGGGCACCCUUUCCUAGGAAGAAAAUCUCUGAAUUUUGAGCUUUGUGUUUCAUUUUGGUGUUGGGCAAAGUGACUUUUUUAACUCAUCAAAAGGUAAAUAUCUGUACAAAGGUAAAAAGCACCAUGUCCCAUAUUACAGCUUUGUAAAACAGUAAGUUUGAGAACUUUGCAUUGCUUUAGAAAAUCUCAGGUUACACAGCCAAUUUAUCUCUUCACUAAAAGAAGCUUUAAUGGUAAGGAAAUAUGAAAUGUAUUCCUAUGGCAAUGUUUUUCUAAAGUGGUUUGCAAAUGUGUGCCUUAGAAAUAGCAGGUAUUGACAGAAUUGGUGUCACUGUAUGUCUUCCCCAAUGAGAGACACUGUACACUGGUUUGUGAAAGGUGAAGCAUUUCCUAAGAUUGUCUGUAAUGUGCAAAUGUAUUUUUAAAUAUAUUAAAUUGUGUUAUUCAGAAGUGUUUAGCUACUGUGUUAAAGAAUCAUGGUGCCAAUUGUGAACUGUGGUGUCAAGGAGGGAAUUUUUCAUUUAGUCCUGUCCCA